GAGGUAUUACCCGUUGUACUUACAAUGUCGAUGUCUCUUCCGCCUUCGAAGAACGGAUCUCGCAGUGGACUCUCCAUGUUAGUUCCCAAAAUUUUGGGCAAGAUGUUCAAUCGUUCCACUUGAAACGUUCGACAGCCUCCAAACACUGAACCUGCAGCUGCAAGUUCCAGUGCACAGGAUUUGCUACCCGUUCAGACAACCUAGGUAUAUGCCAUUCUUGACAUGGUUCAUGAUUGCUACUAAAUGCCGCAGGGUCCUUCACCAUUCACUGCUCACACUACCGAACCAAAACCCGACCAGCCUUCCAAUUCAAGCAAUGGAAAGAUAAAACUGUUGUAUUUGGAAACGCUCUUGUCUCUACUAAGUUCUGUCAUCAGGCCGAACAACUUGACCCAAGAUUGGUCAAUGAAAGAAUCGCCGAUGCCACCAAAGUUCUCCGCGAUUCUUGGACCCUUGAAGGCGUUCAACUCCGUUGCUAACGGGCUUGCAGAUGUCCAUCCUUAUGCAAAUGUGGCAUUGAUUAUAUUUACCUGCGCGUCUAAGGCAGACCGCGAUAAUGAUGUCUCUCAUUUGCUCCCGAAGAUGUCUGAAGUCUAUCCUUUCAUCGCGGAAGAGGAGGCGUUGGGCAACAUUCCAUCCAUGCCAGCAAUAUAUGGGAAGGGAGCGAGACAAACGCUAGAGUACGCCGAUUUCAUCGCUCAUAACUCUGAGACUGUGAGAUCCUACUACUGCGCCAACGAAGAGAUAACGAGGAGUGAGGAUCAAGUUGCCGUCAACAUCACGUGGAACAGAACAUCUCAGAACUGUGUCACUUCCUCGUGAUAAUAGGGUACAUGAAACUCGAAUCAUUCCUUCUUGUGAACCGCGGCAGGCUUCAUUUGGCUUCAUCUUUUGUGCCUAUAAAUACAGCUCAAGCGAGCAUAAUGACUUG